AUGCAGAGAAUGAGAGAGAUCUUAAGGCAUCCAAAACUGAGAAGAUUUAAGACGAGAUGGCAGAUUUUUAUGUGGAAAGCCGUGCUUAUGAGGCUGCAUAGCCCUAUAACCACUGCACUGGAGAUAAUUAUAGCCAUUGUCUUUUCGUUACAAAUACGUUUGAUAUUUGAACCGCAUGCUCUUCAUUCGCAGAAUUUAGAUCAAUACAGUCGUAACGAUAUCAUAGCAAAAUUGCCAAAUGAUGUGCAGUGUUGGUAUGCACCGAAAAAUUCAUUUGUAGAUGAGUUAAUGCUGAAAGCCACAAAAAUGCUUCAUACAAAUAUUCAAGCAGCCGACAGUGAAAUUGACCUUGUACAUUCACGUUACGCAAAAAAUGACACUUCUAAGGUACUGUGGGCAAUAUUUGAGAUUGAUAAGCUUGCAACUGGAAAGCCAAAGGUCUUAGAAUAUAAAAUACGUUCAUCUGAAAUAGGUGAGAAUCGAAUGAUUAUGAUGCACGAAGAAGAACCUGCUUAUAAGGAUCCAUAUAUAUUAAGUGGUUUUAUGGCUCUACAAAUUGCGAUUGAGAAAUCUUUUGUGGAGAUGUGGACAAAUCCGACGCUACCGAAUAUUGCUGAUAAUUUAACUAUCGGUCGAUUUCCAUUUUAUAAAGUCAAUUUUUUAAUCUUACCGUAUGUCAUUCGACCUAACAUAAGCGUAAUUUAUUACGUGAUGGUUAUUGCUUUCCUUAUGCUGCCAGCAGCAACGUUAAAAAAGGCACUUCACGAUAAAGAAACUGGAUUCAGAGGUCUUAUGAGAUUGACAAAUAUAUCUUUCACAAUGUUGUACAUCGGAUGGUUCAAUUAUUUUAUGAUCGUUUUGUUACCUGUUACGAUCGUGUGCACAAUCCUCCUGUUUCCUGUGUUUUCGGCUGCAAACGCAUUAGUCAUUGCUAUAUUUAUUAUGAUGUACAAUAUACUCUCAAUGUUCUUCAUGUUCACCAUCAGCACAUUUUUCGAUCAUCAACUUUCAGAAGAAGUUGAAAAAACGUUGUUAGAGGAUGAGGAUAUGCCCUCAUCCUCUAAUACGGAGAAGUUGUUGCAGCAGUUACUGCUGCAACAACAGCAACAGCUGAAAUUGCUGCAGCAGCAACAAUCGCAGCAACAGCAACAGCUGGAACUGCUGCAGCAGCAACAGCCGCAGCAGCAACCGCAGCAGCAGCAGCCGCAGCAUCAACAACCGCAGCCGCAGCAGCAACAACCGCAGCAGCAGGCGCAGCAGCAACAGCUGCAACAACAACAAAAAACUACGAAAGCAUUGCUUACAUCGGUUUUGUUUUGGCUCUUUUUGACACACUUGACUAUCGUACUGGAUCAGUUUUUAAUAAGAAAAUCUAUGUUGUGGAAGAUUUGUUCACUGAUUCUGCCGCAUAGUGGUUUGCUUUAUGGAAUAGUAGCCUUCACGACCUACACAAAUUUCGGUGACUAUAAAAGCGAAAAUUUGAGAGACAUCUGGCAACAAGUAAAACCGCGCAAUUACAUUGGUCCUACCUCGUAUUUGUGGUCGCGAUGGCUUUCUGAAUUAAUAACACUACGAGAUGCCCACAAUAUUAUUCACGUCGCAGAAAAAAUUUCUGUUAGCUUGAUUCUAUUUGUUUGGAUAUUGCACAUUAUCUUUUGGUAUUUACUAGCGGUGUACUUAGAUAAUGUUAACCCAGGAAAAUUUGGCAGCGCAAAGCCCUGGUACUAUUUAUUCAAAAAAUCUGUAUAUGAUGACGAUGAUUUAAUUAUCCGAGGAUCAACUAACUGGUCAGCUGUAGAGCAUACACCAUCAUACAUAAAGCCAUCUAUUCGAGUGAGAUGUGUUAGAAAGGAUUUUGGUAGGAUUGGCGAACGUAUUACAGCUAUAAACGAUGUAACAAUCGAUUUUUAUAAUCAAGAAUUCAGUGUCAUUCUGGGUCACAAUGGUUCCGGCAAAAGUUGUUUGUUAAAGAUAAUUAUCGGAAUGUACAAACCAACUCAUGGCCACGUUUACUUGGAAAAUGAAAGUUCUAUAUAUCCGAUUGGUUAUUGUCCGCAAGAAAAUAUAUUGGUAAAUUACUUGACGAUGAUUCAACAUCUCUAUAUAUUUGGUAUGAUAAAAGGAAUGACUUAUGAGGAUGCUUAUAGAGAAUCGUUAAAACUGUUAAAGCAGUUGGAUUUAGAGUAUGUAAAGGAUACAAAAAUAAAAUUUUGCUCCUUUGGUACGCAAAGAAGAAUUUGUUUAGCAAUGGCACUUAUCGGUAAUAGUAAGAUCCUCGUUCUCGAUGAACCUACAUAUAGUAUCGACCCUAAGCAUGAAAGGCAGAUAUGGGAUUUACUUUUGAAUAUAAAAAGACAUAAAACAAUACUAAUGGCAACAAAUUCCAUGGAAGCUGCAGAUUUUCUUGCCGAUAGGAUCGCUAUUAUUGCAAACGGAAGGAUCGAAUGUUAUGGCUCAAAAAUGUAUUUGAAUCGUCGAUAUGGGAUCGGUUACGUUUUGAGUUUAUUGGUACAAGAAGAAUGCAAUGUGGAGCAAAUUCGUACAGAAAUACAAGAAUUUUCAGCAGAUCCAAUUACUCUACGAAGCAUGAUGGGUUUAGUAAUAAGAUUUGACGUGCCAAGGAAUAGUCGAUUCACCAAAUUACUUCAACAUUUAGAACUUAACAAAGAAGAAUUAAAAAUUGUAUCGGUUGCAUUGAGUGCUGCUAGCAUCGAGGGUCAAUUUCUUAGAAUAGGUUUAGAAAGCCAGUUUAAAGAACGCAGUGUAAAAUUACCAAACAACAAAUAUGAACUUAUUGUGCAACAAAGACGACGGCACUUGUUACAAACAGCUAAAUCAUGGAAACGUUUGACCGGUGACACUUUAUGGCGGCAACAAAUUCUUGCGAUGUUUUUCAAGAAAUUAUUACAUAUCGCUUCAUCCUGGAAAAUAUACUUGUUUUCGAUAACUAUAGCGAUUGUUACUCUCAUUCUGGCUACCAUAAUCGCCGAGUUGAGCAAUUUCACACUCUUUGAAACAAUUGAGAGAGUAAUGAAUUUGACGAGUUACGUGGACAACAAUUUUCACGUGCUGUAUUAUGCUGCCGAUGAUAAAUCCAUAAAAAAUUUUCUUAUGACAUUGUACAUUACUAGUCAAACGUACAGUGAAAGGCAUAAUUAUCAUAUCUCUAAAAACAUUUCGGCCAUGGAUUUAAUGUCUCAGCCUGACUUGCAUUCUAUAGAGUUUAGGGAUCGUUACGUGAUGUCUAUCGACAUGUACACAGAUGGAGGCGUACAACUUAUGUAUUCGUCCACUGCAGUACAUAGUGGGCCAAUUGCAUUAAAUUUACUGCAUAAUGCAUUACUGCGUUACCAUUGUGGUUCAGACAAUUGUCGGAUAAAAUUGGCUAGUCGACCUUUACUUCGUCCGGGCCAAUGGCAACAUUUAUUGGUUCAUCCACGCAACAUACGAAAUUGGGAAAACGCUGCUAUAAUAAUAACUUUGUUCCUUCUUCUUCCCUCUAUCGACAUGGGUAUAAGGGAACAAAAUACACGCUCAAAAAUGCUGCAAAUUAAUGCGAUUGGUAUGUCUACGCGAAUCUACUGGAUCCCGACGUAUAUUAUUGAUUUCCUUUUGUAUGCGUUCUCUAUAAUAUUCUUUGGAAUUACUAUCUUAAGUGUCUAUCACCGCACAUUGCAGUUCUCAAAUUUAGAGAUUGUUCAAAUGCUAUUGAUAUUUCUAUGUUACGGAGGAUGCGUCAUUCCAUUAGGUUAUUGCGUACAACUUUUCACGAGAAAACCGGAGAAUGCGUAUCUAAGUGUGAUAAUGAUCAAUAUUGUAACUAUGUUAUUGGUAAAUGGCUCUGUUAUAUUUCCAUUAAUAUUUCGAGCACUCAGCAGCAUUGAAAGAUACAUUCUUGAAGCUCUUGUACAUAUAUUUCCACCAUACAUUCUAACUUGUGCUAUAAGCAAUUACAUUACGCUGAAUUCAUAUAACAGACAAUGCAGUUAUUUUAAUACUUGCAAUACAGAAUUUUAUAUUGAAGAUCCAUGUUGUCAAAAUUGUAAAAGCAGAAGUUGUUACAAACAUUUGGAUAUAAUGCUAAUUAAACAAUCCAGCUUUGAGUAUAAUCACUCAAUCACAGAUGAUAUACUUUUAAUGGUAUCCCAAAUGUUUGCCUUUUACAUAUUGUUAGAGGUUUUUGAAGAAAAAAAUCGUAGAAAAUGGUAUAGUUAUUUUAUGCCUCCCAUAAAAGAUGAUGAUACUUUAGAAUCAGAAAUUACGCAAGAAAAGAAGCGAGUUGAAGAAUACAUGAAACAUUAUGACGAAACAAAAUUGCUUCCAUUGCGAGUUGCUCUCGUAGUCCAAAAUUUAACAAAAGAAUACGCUGAAAAAACGGUAGUUCAAGGAAUCAAUUUUAGUAUCCACAAUCAAGAGUGUUUCGGUUUGUUAGGAUUUAACGGUGCGGGAAAAUCAACGGUAUACAAAGCACUGGUGGGUCAAAUAAAAAUAUCAGCUGGAAAAGCGGUAAUACAUGGAUACGAGUUCACAAGAGAUCAAGACAUGUUUGUAGGUAUGAUAGGAUACUGUCCACAAAUUAAUGGACUGAGUGAUUUUAUGACAGGAAGACAAUACUUGCAACUUCACGCGGCACUUCGCGGUGUUCCGUAUGAAAGCAUCAACGAAGAAGUAAACAAAUGGCUUGAUGUAUUAGAUAUGUUGGAUUUUGAGAAUCUGAAAAUUGCUCACUACCCAUGGGGAAUUCAAAGAAAACUUUGUAUACUGCAAAGUCUUAUCGGCGAUUUACCGAUGGUAUUUAUGGACGAGCCUUCCUCUGGGAUUGACAUAAUGACAAGACACGCAAUCUGCGAAAUUUUGCAUCAAAUACGGGAAAUGGGAAGAUCUAUAUUAAUCACUACUCAUAGUAUGCGAGAAGCAGAAGCAAUGUGUUUGCGCGUUGGUAUUUUAGUUAACGGCCAAUUUACUGCAAUUGGAUCUUGUGAAUAUCUGAAAGCAAAAUAUGGCCGGAACUUUAUAUUAAACAUUAAAAUAGUACCGGGAUAUCAGUUUACGAAUCUUGAGAAGAUUAAGAAAAUUAUUAACGAAAGUUUUCCAACAGUAAGAUUCAAAGACAGUUAUUUGGGUGUUCUUAAAUACGAAUUGGAGAGUGACAUUUCGUAUAGUUAUGUAUUUGAUAAACUUGAAAAGCUAAGACAGAGAUACGUAUGGAUCACAGACUUCUCAGUUACUCAACCGUCAAUGGAUGAAGUAUUUUUAACUUUAGCAAAGAAGCAAAAGGAAUCUCAUAAGAAAUUAACACUUUAUGAACGUCUACGUUCGUGGAUUAUAAGUGUAUACAUCAAAUAUAAAUAA